GCCCGAUAAUCGCAAUUCCUAGGCGUGUCUGCGAAUUCGAGAGUGCACGUCGACAAUCGAGGCGCGAAAAAGAAUUCGAAUUUAUAUCGCGCUGCUUGUACACGUCGGCGAUGAAGCUAAUUGAACGCCACCUCGGGCGUUUAUUUAAGAGGAAAAGUUCAGCGUUAAUCAUCGAAGAGAAUCUGAUUUAAUGUAGCCGCGCGAUUGCGAGGUAAAUCUUCAACGUAGGCCCGUACUUUGAAGUUUACUGUGCGAAAUUCUCUCGCCCAAGAGUUAGGUUAGAAAUAGCUCGGGCUCGUCUGCGAAACAACUGCGACUGGUCAUUUUGCCGGUUAUUGUCGAAAGAAAUUAGCCCGAGUAAUUACGGCAAGUUUAGGCUUAACAAUCGCGACUGUGAGUCUCGAAGAGUCGGGCACAGUUAUAUGUGUACGUAUAGUUAAUGUCGGGAUCUCGUCGAUGCGCCAUCGAUCGUGGGAAUGUCGAGUGACACGAUCGAAUAAUGCAAUCCUGUACACGCUAUCGUUCGGAAUCGAGCACGCACUUCAGAAGGGAACCAAACGCGUUUGUCGUGUUUCCAAAUUCAGGCCAACGUGUUUUUAUCUAAUCGCACAUCUGUACCAAGCCAUUUUCCAGAGAUUGCGAAAGUACACAACCGAUAUUUACCUUGUUUACGUUUAGGAAACGAUUGUCGCUGAUCAGCUAUUUUUUCUUUAAUUAUUAGAGUAACUCGGGACUGAAUUUUAUCUAAUUACAUCAGCUGACUCCAGGCACCAGAAUGUCCUCUGAAAUUCGAGAAGGAGAACUCGGCGAAUAUUCCGACCAGUAUGUCCAAAUGCAACAGCUGCUACCGACGAGAUUGGCAAACGCAAGCGAAGGACACGACGUGUCGGAUGACUUGCGCCCUGUUAUCCCGUACGCUACUUUAAGGAUGCACAACAUUGUUAGUUUAUCUAACGAAGAAUGCGCCAGCGCUAUUGCCAAUCACCUGCAGUCAAGCGACAGGUUUAUGCAGGCUGAUCCCAGGGCAGAGCAGUUUAGGAUGGAGACUGUGAGAACAAUACCGCAGUGCCUGACUGUAAAAAGAGCUGUCAGGUCACAGCUGCAGGCGACUGUUAGCCAGAAGACGAUAAAAGGGCCGAUUAGUUGUUGGAAACUGUUUAAAUACAACGUUAGCUUAAAGUUUACCAAGAUUCGGGUGACAAUGCAGAACCUCUUGUCGUCUACGAAAUUGUGGCACCGAACGAUAAAAACGAUCGAGAGCCAUCACGGAAGCGGUACAGCGACGUAUUUCAAAUUCCUGAGAUGGUUACUCCUCCUCAACGUAAUUUCCUGCAUUUUGAGCGUCUCUUUUAUUGUGAUUCCGCAGUCCUUGGAUCAGACGCAUGUGCCAAACGAUAUUAAAAUGUUGGAUUUUCUAACAGGCAGUGGCUUUUUAUCCCGCACAAUAAUGCAUUAUGGUUUUUAUUCCAAUGGCACAGUAAACACACCAUUUGGAACCAGAUAUAGCAUCCCAUUCGCCUAUUUCCUAACGUUGCUUUUUUGUUAUAUAGUUACCUUUGUUAUACUGUCUCUCAAAGUUAUAUCCUCUUAUCGAAAGUUUUACGUCGAGACACGUGGAAUGGUGCACAAUUUGUAUAGCAGCAAGAUAUUUUGCGGAUGGGACUUCAGCGUCUCCUCGUCGAAAGCUGCCGCUUUGCAAUCGGCAUCUAUUUAUAAAGAAUUGGAAGAGCUGCUAGCGGAAACGAGGCAGCGCAUACGUUUGAAGUGGUUUACCAAGUGUUGGUUAACGAUAACGCAACUCGCCGUAACGUCUAUCGUUAUAUUCAUGAUUUGCGGAGCCGGUGGACUCGUUUGGACGCUACUGAGUCACUAUGGUGUAGGAGCGCCCGCAACUAUCUCAAUUAUGAUUGUGCCAAUAGUCAUUACCAUCAUCAUUCACAUUUUUCCAGCGAUUAUAUCCUAUCUGACGUCGUUGGAGUUCUACAGCAACAAGCGUACGGAACUUUACGUAACAGUUGUCAGAAGUUACGCGGCUGCCGCGACGAUAAUCGGCACUUUAUUCGUCUUCUGGAUAAUCAACAGUACGUCGCACUGUUGGCAAACGCACUUGGGGGAGGAAAUCUAUCGGCUUGUCAUAUUGGAUUUCAUUGCGAUGCUAUCCGGAGCGUGUUUACACGUUGCACGUUCCACGGUCUAUAAAAGAUUUUCGACGAAAGUCUGCAGGCCGGAAUUUGAUAUCGCUCGCAAUACGUUAAAUCUUAUCUAUAAUCAGACGCUCUUUUGGAUGGGGUUUUAUUUCAGUCCGCUAAUGUCCGUUUUGAUCGUGAUAAAAUUAAUUUUUACAUUUUACGUGAAGAGAUACGAGCUGAAGAGAUACUACCAGCGGCCGUCGCGGCCUUGGCGUGCAGCGCAAACGCAAACGCUGUUCUUGGCGCUCGCGUUUCUCGGCAUUAUCGUCGUGCUGUUCACGAUAGGAUACAUCAUCACGAACGUGAGAAGUGACGAAUGCGGACCGUUCAGAGAUCAUCUUCACACAUGGGAUUUUAUCGUCGACGGAAUGUUAGCUUUGAAAAGGGAUAGCCCGUUCUGGAGCGUUGUUUCAAAGCUUGCGAGGCCCGUAACCGGCGCCGUAAUAUUGAUCGCCAUGUGUAUCGCGGUGUACUGUCUGCGGGCAAAAGCGGAAGCGAGUAAGGAAAUGUUACGAAUUUUGUCCGACAUGCUUCUCCUGCAAUCACAAGAUAAGCAGUUCCUCUUAAAGAGUUUCGGUAAAUGUGCCAGUAAACGUGCUCCUGUUCCUGAGGAGAUUAAUCUUUCCCAGGAUGUUGCCGAGCAAAAUUGUGAAAAAGGAAAAAUUUUACUCUCUCGCCGACGUAACUUGCCGUCGACCAGUUUUGAAGAAAGAUGAUUGUAGUUAAUUAUAUGUACUAGUUGACAAUUUGGUGACAAGCUGUCAAAGCGUGUACUAGAAAUUUAGAAAGAUUUAUUUUCUCACAGUUAUAUUUAAAUAUCAACUAAGAAUAUAAUUAUUGCUUUUACGAUUUGCCAAAACCUAAACAUUCAAGACUGUCAUAUGCUAAAGUAAGAACAUAUUUUUAUUUAACAUUUUACAUAAUAAAUAU